AAUAAUUUUGUGUAGCCGAGUGAUGCAGUUGUCGUUGUGAAUAGUGUUCAUUUUAUUUUGGUUUUAAACUGUUAUAAUUCACAAAAUAACAAUAUCAGUCUAACUUUCCGUGAAAUAUAAAUAUAAACUCAGCAAUAGUUACUCAAUUUAAGAUAACUAAACGGCGCUUGUUGCCCUACGCUAGUUGUUAUUUGAUUCGUGUGCUAAAUUGUGGUCCAUAAAUUAAAUAAUCGCCUACAGUAUUGGAGCUUCAUGUCUUUGUAAACAUAAUAUGAUUGUGAAUAUUUGCGCUAUUUUUCUUUUGAACUUAUAAAUUGUCAAGUGAUUCUAAAGUUUGUUUAAUGUGAUGAAAGUUAGUAAUAAGUGUUCAUAUGAAGAUAAAACAUUACGAAGGAGCUUUGUCAUAUCUAUGGUGGUAGCGCCACGGUGAAGGCGACGGCAUGUGGCGCGGCGCGCGGGUCCUUGUACUCGCGGCGCUGGGCCUCUUGGCCGCGUCUUCGGUCGAUGCACUCGUUCCCAAGAAGUACAGCAUCACUAUCGGUUACCUUCCUUCGAUCACGGGUGAACUCAGUUCGAGACAGGGGCUCGCCAUUUCCGGGGCUCUGUCUAUGGCCCUCGACGAGCUCAACAAUGAUACGAGGUUACUGCCAGAUGUUCACUUAUCGAUGGUGUGGAACGACACUAGGUGCGAGACGGUGACGGCGACGAGGGUCCUAACAGAGAUGAGUUGUUCAGGAGUCGUCGCAUUCUUUGGACCCGAAGGACGCUGCCAUACAGAAGCUAUAAUAGCGCAGUCUAGAAACUUGCCGAUGAUCUCAUAUAAAUGUUCCGAUUACCAAACUUCGACAUUGCCAAAUUUUGCGAGAUUAGAGCCACCCGACGCGCAGGCCACAAAGUCGGUUAUAUCGUUGCUGCGGUACUACAGGUGGAACAAGUUCUCCAUAGUGUACGAAGAGUUAUGGGUGACCGUAGCUCUCACACUGGAGAAUCACGCCAAAAAGAACAACAUGACCGUGAACCAUCAGCGCCCAGUCAUCAACGGCUUUAAGUGCUGCGAAGAGAAGAUGACCUGCUGCGCUCCCGGAUUCUGGUAUCAGUUCAUACAAGAUACUAAAAAUAGAACAAGAAUAUACGUGUUCCUCGGAUCGCCAUCGGGCCUAAUAGACAUGAUGACGGCUAUGGAAUCAUUACAGCUGUUCGUAAACGGAGAAUAUAUGGUUAUAUUCGUAGACAUGAUGACUUACACGACCAGGGAUUCAUUAAAAUAUUUAAUAAAAACUGAAGAACGUGCUGGCGAACUGUCGUGUCCAAAUACCCCGGAGUUUAGAAAAAGGGCACAAUCUUUACUUGUCGUAGCAUCUUCAGAGCCAGACAGAAGUUAUGAAGAUUUUACUAGUCGAGUUCAAGUGUACAAUUCGAGGAAACCAUUCGAGUUUCCACUGCCGACCUUAUUUGAAAAUAAAUUUUUAAAGUACGUGUCUAUAUACGCUGCGUAUCUCUACGAUUCUGUGAAGCUCUAUGCGACAGCACUGCAUAAAGUAAUAGAAGAGGAGACUAGAUAUAAGAAUGAGUCACUCUCCUAUGAGAAACUGAUGACCAUUGCCACUAAUGGGACACGUAUUGUCUCUAAAAUGAUACAAAUUACACCUUUUAAAAGUGUAUCGGGUAUGUCAAUACGUUUAGAUGAGCGCGCCGAUUCCGAAGGUAAUUUCUCCGUGUUAGCGUUCAAGCCGACCAACUUGACCGACAAUGUGGUCAAUUGCUCCCAUAGCAUGGUACCUGUCGGCCAUUUUCAACAGUCCACCAAAGAGUUUCCGGAUUACAAAUUAAAUCCGCGGCUGCAAAUCGACUGGCCGGAUAGCGUGAAACCUGAAGACGAACCGUCUUGCGGGUUUUUGAAUGAAAAAUGUCCCAAAGAUGAUUCACAAAUCACAUCGCUAGUUGUUGCGGGCACAUUAGCUGUUACUCUGUUCUGUGCUCUUGUAGUCACUAUAAGCAUUUAUCGCAAAUGGAAGAUUGAACAGGAAAUAGAAGGAUUGUUAUGGAAAAUUGAUCCCCAAGAAAUUUACGGGUAUUUAAGUAGCGGUUUCGUUUGGUCGCCCAGUAAGUUAAGUCUGGCGAGUGGCAUAUCUUGCGAGAGUAAAUGUUGUACGCAAAUAUUUACGUCUACAGCGCAGUACAAAGGCAACGUGGUUAGAAUAAAGGAGCUUAAGUUUUCUAAGAAGAAGGAUAUAUCUCGCGAGGUGAUGAAAGAGAUGCGUUUGUUGCGCGAUCUACGGCACGAUAACCUCAACUCGUUUAUUGGUGCCGUCGUGGAGCCUCUGCGGGUGUUGCUCAUCACUGACUAUUGCGCUAAGGGGAGCUUGUAUGAUAUAAUAGAAAAUGAAGAUAUAAAGUUAGAUAAUAUGUUCAUAUCGUCAUUGGUGCAUGAUCUCAUUAAGGGUAUGAUUUUCAUACACACUUCACCAUUGAUCUUUCAUGGAAAUCUCAAAUCUUCGAAUUGUGUAGUAACAUCGAGAUGGAUGCUGCAGGUCACUGAUUUUGGUCUACACGAAUUGAGAUAUAGUGCGGAAAAUGACUUCAUAGGGGAACACCAAUAUUACAGAGGGUUGUUAUGGAAGUCUCCGGAACUAUUGCGUGAACUAGAUUAUCCAAAUGCCCAAGUCGGGGGUACGCAGAAAGGCGAUGUUUAUGCCUUUGGAAUUAUUUUGUAUGAAAUAAUUGCCCGUCGCGGUCCGUUCGGACUGACUUCUUUAGAACCCAAAGAGAUAGUGGAGCGCGUGAAGCGCGGGCGGGUGGAGGGCGAGGAGGCGUUCCGGCCGGACACGCAGGCGCUGGAGGGCCGCGCGGACGAGUACGUGGUGGCCGCCAUGCGCGACUGCUGGCACGAGGAGCCCGCGCUGCGCCCCGACUUCCCCACGCUGCGCACGAGGCUCAAGAAGAUGAAGUCCGGCAAAUCCAGAAACAUUAUGGACCAAAUGAUGGAUAUGAUGGAGAAGUACGCUAAUAAUUUAGAAGAACUAGUCAAUGAGAGAACGAGGCUAUUAAUAGAAGAGAAACAGAAGACGGAAGAUUUACUGCACAGAAUGCUGCCAAAGUCAGUUGCCCGGCGGCUCACGACCGGCGAGGGUGUAGAACCAGAGUCCUUCGACUCGGUGACUAUUUACUUUAGUGACAUAGUGGGCUUCACCGCGAUGUCAGCGGAGAGCACCCCACUGCAAGUUGUCAACUUUCUCAACGAUUUAUACACUGUGUUUGAUAGGAUCAUUAGAGGCUAUGAUGUGUACAAGGUGGAGACUAUCGGGGAUGCUUACAUGGUGGUAUCCGGUCUUCCAAUAAGGAAUAAUGAUAGACAUGUUGGUGAAAUUGCGUCUAUGGCACUGGAAUUAUUGAACGCCGUUAAAAGUCACAAAAUAUCGCACAGACCAAACGAAAUACUAAAAUUACGAAUAGGUAUACAUACAGGCGCAGUGGUAGCCGGCGUGGUGGGACUUACAAUGCCGCGGUACUGCUUAUUCGGUGAUACUGUGAACACAGCAUCACGUAUGGAGUCGAACGGCGAACCCCUGCGCAUACACAUCUCACCGUCGUGCAAACAGGCGCUCGAUAAACUGGGCGGGUACAUCGUGGAGCCACGUGGUUCCAUACCCAUCAAAGGAAAGGGCGUGUUGCAAACAUAUUGGCUUGUGGGUGCGACUGAAAAGGCAAUUCAAAAGAGAUUGGUGGAAGGAGAGGAGCGUCCUCUGUUCUGUCGACCGCGACGAAGCCCUCGCUUGACUGACUCCAGACACCCUUCUAUAUCGGAGCUGCGCAACGAGGCGGGGCGCGGCGGCGUGCGGCAGCGCCUGCACAGCGGCGCGUCGCUGCCGGCGCAGACCGCGCCCAACGCGCCCAACGCGUCCAACGCGCCGCCCGGCCGCGCGCGCUUCGAUAGGGACUCGUCCAUACGGAACAGAAAUGCCCUGAGCUCGAUCGCGUCGUCGACAGCGUGCGACGCGGACGCGUGCGGCGGGGAGAGCGAGAAGGCGCUGCGCGCGGCGCGGUCGCUGGACGCGCUGGUGCGGCGCGAGGCGCGGCCCGACCGCCUGCGCCGCCACCACACCACGCGCUCGCUCGACGCCGACGUCGCCAUCGCCACCAUCUACGGCGGCGCGCUGUUCAACGGCGCCGCCGUCACGGGCGACGAGCAGCCGCGCGCCGACGAGGACCGCCCGCUGCUGCGCAAGGCGAGCCUCACCAACCGCAUCGAGCGCCCGCGCCGCAAGCUCGCCGACUCGGCCUACAUCGAGAACUACAAGAAGUGGCGCUCGCUCGAGAACGUGGCGGACGCCAAGAGCGAGCGCGGCAAGAUGCCCCGCUUCGCGAUCCGCUCGUGGCUGCUCGGCAUCUUCAGCGGCGGCACGCGCAGCAGCAACUCGUCGCUGCGCCGCGCGCCGCCGCUGCUCGACCGCGAGUCGGCCGUCUGAUGCGUCAAACCUCAUUGACGUACGCUACGUUUCGUCUACUGUUCUCACGAGUCUAUUACGUACGGAUAGAUGGCUCGAGCCGACCGGCCCUAUUCGCUAACGAAACGAGUACCUAUUUAAACUGUUAAGUGUCAAAUUAUGCUCUUUGGCUGUUAUUUUUAUGAAUUGUUUAAAUGUAAGGUUUUUGUAUAUCGAUGUCGCCUCCUAUUUUACGCGCUCCUUUAAAUGUAUAUUAGACAUAUAUGUAUAUGAAACGCUGUUGUAAAUAAUAUGUGUAAGUAAAACGAUGUUACCGUGAAUUGUGAAAUAAGAGUUUAAUGUUAUUAAAUAAUUUCUAUUGAAAA